UUCUCUCCGUAAGACCUCAUAAUGUGGCUGCACGUCCUGGUGUGUGCAUGUGUGGCUUUUAAACGACUUUCUAAACGGAUCGGACUCGCUGACACCGAUGCGAGCGACACUGGAGUUGUUGUACUUGAACGCGAUCGCGCACGAAUCGGACUUUGCGUAAUUUGGCAGAUUUUUCGCGGCAGCUUGGAGCGAUCGGUGCAGGCGUUUUAAUUUUUAAUUACGCGGUCGGCUCGUCGGCGUGUUUUUUUUUUUUUGUGCGUCCUUGCUCGAUAGAUAUGUCGCAAAUGCGAAACGGCGAAGUUGUUAAACUCGGUGCACUUUGUCCGGCGGCCCCUCGCUGUUGACGUUUGAUGUUCUUUGCAAGUUUUCCGCGAUCGGGUGAGUUUUAAGCCGUUUUAUUUAAGCAGAAUUCAUCAAGUGUUGCGCGCCGCUGCAGAGGAGAGGUGAGAGGAGGAACGUCCCGUGCCGUGUGUGUCCGUGUGUUGCUUUGAGAAAACUAGGACAAAAGUUGCUGUCGCGUUGAAGUGUUACAUUUCCAAGCGAGGAGCUCGGUGGCUGAUAAUUCAGGCGUCCCUUGAAACCUUGCAGCCAUUGUUGCUGACUCCACGCACAUUCGGCCUCUUCACGGGUUAUCUACACGGCUUAAGUCAUGUUUGUGGCUGAUUUGGUGCGUGUAUCUCUUGCCUGUAUGUGUGUGUGUGUGUGUGUGUUUGCUUUUCCUUGGAAGCGGAUAAAUAACAACCAAGACCUCACCAGAAAAGGGGGGGGGGGUCAUGAAUGCGGGGGGUUCAGUUUAUGCACUUGUUAUUGAUAGCUGCCUUGGCUGUAGGCGUCUUCACACAUUUGUUAUCAAUCAGGAAGGUGGAAAGAAGCACAAACAACUGCUGAAGGAGCCAAAACGCACCAAUAAACCUGAAAACCGCUGGGACCACUAGAACUUUACAGUGAGCUUAUUUCACCGGCCUUAUCUGAUGUCUGGUUGAACACAAAGUGCAUCGCUUGGGAAAAAAAAUUCAGUUUUCCUCACAACUGCCAUUAAAAGCUGCACACACACACACACACACACACACACACACACACACACACACACACACACACACACACACACACACACACACAUCCUGCAGGUGAUACACACUCAGAUAAAGCGAGAAUUCACGGCAGCUACCAGUCAUCAGUCGUUUAUCGCUACCAGAAGUGAGAAAUGACCACAGAGGAAGCUUUUAAAUAGUCUGGUGUUUCUCUGAGCGACGAUCCAACGUUAUUGAUCGAGUCGGAGGAAAAACAGCCAAUCCUCCUAACCGACAGGCUGGAACUAGAGGUUGUUUGGUGUUUGUGCUGGGGAAAAAUGACUUGCAGGCGUGAAUGUGUGUCCUGCUGUCGUCCCCUGGUGUGAACCAGUGCCCGGUGUUAUAAAGGGGAUCAUCCACCGCCUGUAACGACUGGUGUCAAUCAACGCAGGUUCAUUGUGAGCUCAAGGUGCCUGUUAUCAUUACGUCUCCCAACCGGAUGAACGUUGCCCAUAAAUGGGCUUCCCAGCGGAGCCGGGUUCCCCCUCCGUCGCGUCCCUGCACGCGGCCGCCGCACUUUCUGCUGCAGGAUUUCUGCCACCGAGGCCUCCAGCUACACAAUAAGGAAAUGGAAGUGCGUCUGUCACGAGACAAUGCCCUUGUUGCUGCCAGUGGCGCUUGCGAGUCGAGGCGCAUGUGUUGACGAUGGAUCUGCGUCUCCAAAGGAUGUCUGUAAAGCACCAGACAACCCAGGAGUUAUGUUGCUUAUGUAAUAAUUCAUUAUAAACUCCUUGUUUACAUGCAGGACAUCUCUCACAUACUUCCUUCUAUUUCCAAAACCUCUUUUGCUGUUAUUCUUAGCCGCUUCUGCUCUCGCGGGGCUCCGCGCAGCCAGCUUCUUCUCAUUAGCCUCCACGCAUCGCCUUACAUUGCUUCCACCUCCCUGUGGUGGAGGGCAGCGUGCUUCACGUUGGCGACCGACUUAAUGCGUUUGCCUGCCAGAGCUCGCACACAUGCCAUGCUUGUUGGUUGGUAGGUGAGCGCUUGAGCUCGUGGUGCAAGUCCGAGAGAGAGAGAGAGAGAGAGAGAGAGAGCUGGAGUUAGGGCUGAAAAUCCCCCACAAUUCCUUGCGCCUCUCCGGGCAGCGGUGGCAGUGGCAGCAGAGCCGGCGGUGGUGGCGGCAGCAACAGCAGGCUGAUUUCCAUGAGAAAAGAGCAUCAGUUGGGUUAAUGGGAGGGACAGCCCUCCGAGGGGGACAAACGGUAGUUAAUAACCAGGGAAGAAUCGGAAAAGCUCUGAUCCCUUUCUUUGUACUUCUUCACCUUCCAGAGGCGGCGGCGGGAUGGGGGGGCGGUUGGCGGUGCGCGGCAGAGGAACAAGGGACGCUGGGUUCACGCUAGAAUGAAUGUCGUUCCCCUGAAAGGCGGCGAGGAGAUCGCACUAUUUGUUACGUUCUCAAGACAGCGGGAGGAGAAAGAGCUCAAACGGCCGCUCUUCACGGGGUUCGAACGGUGGCGGUGCCUAGUGUGUGUGUGUGUGUGCACGUGUGUGUGCACGUGCGUGUGUGCACGUGCGUGUAGGUGGACUCACCGUUAUGGGUAGUGAGACGUCGGCCGCUCACAUCAGACCGUUAAUACAACUUUCUUUGGUUCGGUUCUUCGGUUUGUGUGCAGUUUACGGGUACUUUGUAACGUUCAGCUUCUGCUCAGCAAAGAGCUGGGGCGAAUCGGCAGAUCGGUGGUCGUUUCGCGUCACAAACAUGACAUUUUCUUUCAAAUCUGAAAUGAGCCUCACAACAUCACUCUUCACGCACCACAUAGUAAACGCUGCCCCCCCCCCCCCCCCCACAGGCAGAAGAAUGAUGCCUUGCUCCGUAACCGCCUGAUUGAAAACAGACACGUGAACGCGCAGCGCAGCAGAUAUUUACAAGGCUAAUUAAAGUCAAAACUACACAACCUCCGCGUGCGCCGUUUGCCGAGCGGCUCCGGGGCCGGAGCACAUUCUGGCGACGCCGGGCAGAAAUAGUACGAGGACGCGAGAUGCUUGAACCGCAUACUGCCACUUUUCCUGGCGGAUCCUUUUCUAGGAAGAGCGCGGCAGCUGUGGCUUUUCAGAACCUCGCUCCAUCCAUCAACCAGCAUCCGUGGUUUACACCACACAACACGCACGCGCACACACCCUCUUUUCCCUCCCCUCCUCCUCCUUUCCAUGUAUCUUCAUUUGUUUCUGUCUCUUUCUUUUUCUUCCCCUUCUCUCAUCCAUCGCUCUGUGUUUUGCUCUUCAUCCAUCCUCUUCCACCCUGAGUUUACAGCCCCCAGGCCACUUCCGCCAGCCUGUCUGCAACAGAUUUAUUAAUAGGCUUUUCUCUGUCUGCAGUAAACACAGCAUUGGUUUAGGGGGUUGUGUCUCUCAGGCGCUGAUCGUGACUGACUUGUGCUUGAGCGCUGACUUGGAACUGGAGGACAGUCUGGUGUGGUCCAGCGAUGACCAAGACACAGGGCGACAAACUGAAGUGACCAGUGGUUAGAAUGUUUCGAGCUCGAGGCAGAGAGGAUGCCGGUGUCACAGAGGUCAUUUCAGGACAGUGAAGAUGCACGGCAGUAUUUCCCGCUCGCCACCAACCGUCGCUGUUGGGACCGGGUGAGGCGGCGAGGACGUAACCCCAGAUAAAACGGACACGCGAGUCUCACAGCAGAGUUCAGCUUACGUUGACAUUACCUCCGGGUCGCCGGCCAGUUCCCUGCGCCGGGUCGGCUGCUUUCCCCGCCUACUCCCCACAACUUCCCGCGUCGGGCCUGCGAGGCAGGGGGGCCGCCGGUGACUUUUGAUGGCGGCGGCACUCUAGGGCUGCCAUGGCAGCUGCUGCCGCUGAUGCCUCACACCGUAUUACCGCACUGACGCCGGAGGAAGAGGGACGACGGAGCGCCGCCAAGCUGUUUGGGAGAGCCGCCCCGCUGCCACGGACAGAGAGAGAGCGAGAGAGGGGAAAAGACAGAGAGAGGGAGCGGGACGACGAGAGGGAGGAGGUCGGGAGAGCGAGUGGGAGCGAGUGUUUGGUGUGCGGGGCCCUGUUCGCCUCGCCGGAGAAGCUCCAGCUCCACGCGCUGAGUCACGCCCGGGAGAAACCCUUCCACUGCUCGCAGCCGCACUGUCCCAAGGCCUUCAGCUCCAAAUACAAACUCUUCAGGCAUAUGGCCACACACUCUCCGCAGAAGACGCACCAGUGCUCAUUCUGUGAGAAAAUGUUCCAUCGCAAGGACCACCUGAAGAACCACUUGCAGACCCAUGACCCCAACAAGGAGGCCUUCAAGUGCGAGGAGUGCGGCAAGCACUACAACACCAAGCUGGGAUAUAAGCGCCAUGUGGCCAUGCACGCCGCCACGGCCGGCGACCUCACCUGCAAAGUGUGCAUGCAGAGUUACGAGAGCACGCCGGUUCUCCUGGAGCACCUCAAGAGCCACUCCGGGAAGUCCUCGGGCGGCGCCAAGGAGAAGAAGCACCCGUGCGACCACUGCGACCGGCGCUUCUACACGCGGAAGGACGUGCGCCGGCACAUGGUGGUGCACACGGGCCGGAAGGACUUCCUGUGCCAGUACUGCGCCCAGCGCUUCGGCAGGAAGGACCACCUGACGCGCCACGUGAAGAAGAGCCACUCGCAGGAGCUGCUCAAGAUCAAGACGGAGCCGUCGGACAUGCUGGGUCUCCUGGCUUCAGGGUCGCCGCCGUGCUCUGUGAAGGAGGAGCUCAGCCCCAUGAUGUGCGGCAUGGGUCCCAACAAAGACCCCAUGAUGGGGAAGCCCUUCCCCAGCGGGGCGCCCUUCCCGAUGGGCAUGUACAACCCCCACCAUCUCCAGGCCAUGUCUAAUACGGGCGUGGGCCACCCACACCCGUCCCUCAUGCCCAGCCCCUUGUCUGCGGCUAUGGGCAUGGGUUGUCACAUGGAAUCCACGGGAUCUCUUCACCCACACUCCCAUCACCACCACCAUCACCACCACCACCACCACCACCACCAUUCCCCUCCUCUGCCCCACCACCACCACCACCAGGCUCCGGCUCCCCAGCAGCAGCACCAGCCCCAGCCGGCCCCUAAAUACCAGCUAGGAUCUACCUCAUACCUGCUGGACAAGCCCUUGAAAGUGGAGAUGGAGAGCUUCCUCAUGGAUCUGCAGAGUGGCUUGCCAGGGCCGGUUCCCUCUGCAGACCCCCACGCUGCUGCCUCGCCCCCCAAGGACGGACUGGAGCCCACCUCGGGCCUGACAGAUGAGCUCUGCGGGGAUCCUCUGCUGUCCAAGAGCCCUGCAGUCAUUGCUGAGUCUCUGUGUGCUGCUAACAUGGACAUUUCCCACCUGCUAGGGUUCCUGCCCCUCAACCUGCCUCCCUACAGCACCCCCAUGAGCACGGGAGGGCUGGUCAUGGGCUACACCUCAUCUACGACCUCCUCCUCUUCCUCCUCUUCCUCAUCUCUGCACGCUGCCGAGCCCCACGCCGCAGCAGUGGCGGCGGCGGCGGCAGCGGCGUCUGUCACCACGACACCUCUUACCUCUUUGCAACCUCAACCUCAGGAGCAGCAGAGCUCCAGCGGGGGUCUGGGCCUAGGGCCCCUACACCCCCUCCCACCAGUGUUCAGCUCCAGCCUUAGUACCACCACACUGCCUCGAUUCCACCAGGCUUUCCAGUGAGAGGGCAAGCUCUGGGCCCACCCGUGCCAAGAUGGCCGCCGAGCCGGGUUUGACUCAGCCUGGCGUGGAUACGUUGGGCUGUGCCUCUUUACUGGACCUGGUUUAAGUGUUUGAGUAAUUAGAAUAAACCAAUACACAAAUGAACGUUACAUGCCUUAAAUGAAAGUGCACAAAAGCUUUUGAUUGAGCCUUAAAAGGGAGAAAAACCCCUUUGAGCAAAAAGGAAAAGGUGAGAAAAGAAGUUGAAGCAGUGGCUUUUAUUUGGGUGUUCCCCUUUUCUAUAGCUAUAAUGACGUAUUAACCUUUUUAUCAUUUACUUCCCCCUUUACCCUCCAUUCUCUAUUUAGUAGUAUAGGGAGCAGCAUCAGUAGGCCAAAAGGCGUGGUACUGCACACUUUAUAAUGUAAUAAUAUUAAAAAAAGCAAAGAUCAUUUUAGUGAAGAUUGUCUGUCUUGUUGUGACCCAGAAAAAAAUAGUUUGAAGUGGAUAUUUUGUUUUACUUUAUAUUUUUUUUCCAAGCGUAAGAACGUGGUAGAACGUGUCUCAUCUCCAGUUUUGAACCACCCGCCCCGACGAACUGCCACUGUUAGUACGGAGAGGAGCGAGAUCAGCGAAGGAACGAAGAGAGAGACACCAGAGCCCCCAGCGGCGACCGCUGCCUUUAAAAAGUGCUCCUCACACCCCGUAGAUGAACCCGUGAGUCCGACGGCAGCUGAUCACCGGUCAGUCUGAGCCGGAAACAGGCCAUGACGUCACGGUAGAUGGAGUCUUCUGCUCGAUUACAAGUCCCAGUCUCGCGCACAGGCCAACACACACGCAAAAGAAAGGAAUCUGAAAUGAAAACGUGUGCGUGAGAGUCGGUUGGAAACUAAAUAAUGACAUGCUGGCUUUUAAACCCUUUCCUCAAGAGAAGCACUUUUUUAGCAGAAGGCACUUCACCUUUGGGAGUGGAAACCUCUCGUCUCCUUCCUCGUGACUUAUAGAGUUUCACUGCCCGAGACAGAGGCUUUCUCCCCCGAACCGAGUCCACCUCUUCCUCUUUUAUCCUACGUUUUAUUUUCACGAGGACUUUCUUUCCUUCACCCGUCUUAUCUCUGAAACCUUCCAUGAUAAUCGCACACUGCAGCUGUUCGGCGGCUGCCCGACGUACGUACCUGAAUUUAAGAUUACUGGGCCAGAAAAGGCGCAUCUUGGUGCAGCCUGUUAAGAAACACAGCGAUGCCUCAUCAUGGUAAUGAUGAACCCUGACAUAUGUGAAUGGCAACAAAAAAAAAAAAAAAGUCAAGAAGUACA